AGACUGCUUCCCCAUCUUCUUCUUCUUCUUCUUCUUUGGAUUGUUCCUUCUUCUUCUACCUUCGAUUUCAGAUUAUAUCUUUCUUCCCUUCUUCUUCUUUCUUUUCCUUUUUAUUUACCGGUUCUGUUUAUAAUCAGGGCACUCCUUUUUCAGACUUUGAAGCCUCCAAAUGACUUUGCUGAGUUUCGGAUAAGGACGAUUAUAGUCUCUCUGUGAUCUUCGUUUUACAAGUUCCAUUCAUGAUUGGGAAGAUGGUAGAAGGCCCUAAAUUUACAGGAGCAAAUAUUAAUAACGACAAUGAAAACAAUUACUAUGAUUUCACUCAAAGCUUCUACCAAAAACUUGGUGAGGGUACAAACAUGUCCAUUGACAGUUUACAGACCAGCAAUGCUGGUGGCUCUGUCUCCAUGUCAGUCGACAAUAGUAGUGUGGGUUCCAGCGAUUCUCUUACUCACAUCUUGAGCCACCCAGGUUUAAAACCUGUUAACCACCACAACUACAGCGUUUCUGUUGGGCAGAGUGUUUUCCGUCCAGGGAAGGUCACCCAUCCCCUUAAUGAUGAUGCAUUAGCACAAGCGUUGAUGGAUUCUAGGUAUCCAACUGUGGGAUUGGCGAACUAUGAUGAAUGGACUAUUGAUUUGAGAAAACUCAGUAUGGGCACAGCUUUUGCCCAAGGCGCUUUUGGAAAGUUGUAUCGGGGAACUUAUAAUGGAGAGGAUGUUGCAAUAAAGAUAUUGGAGAGGCCAGAGAAUAGCCCUGAGAAGGCACAAGUAAUGGAGCAGCAGUUUCAGCAGGAAGUCAUGAUGCUGGCAACACUAAAGCACCCCAACAUUGUUCGCUUUAUUGGUGCAUGCCGCAAGCCCAUGGUCUGGUGUAUUGUGACAGAAUAUGCCAAGGGAGGGUCUGUUCGGCAGUUUCUAGCAAAGAGGCAGAAUCGGGCAGUGCCGUUGAAAUUGGCAGUUAAGCAGGCAUUAGAUGUUGCAAGGGGAAUGGCAUAUGUUCAUGGACUUGGUUGUAUACAUCGAGAUUUAAAGUCGGAUAACCUUCUUAUUUUUGCUGAUAAGUCAAUAAAAAUUGCAGAUUUUGGUGUUGCACGAAUUGAGGUACAGACUGAGGGAAUGACACCAGAAACAGGGACAUACCGAUGGAUGGCCCCAGAGAUGAUUCAGCAUAGACCGUAUACACAAAAGGUGGAUGUUUAUAGCUUUGGAAUUGUGCUUUGGGAGCUGAUAACAGGUAUGCUUCCCUUUCAGAACAUGACAGCAGUGCAGGCUGCAUUUGCUGUGGUGAACAAGGGAGUAAGGCCAGUCAUCCCAAAUGACUGUCUGCCUGUACUAAGUGAGAUCAUGACUAGAUGCUGGGACACCAAUCCUGAAGUGCGCCCUCCUUUCAGUGAUAUUGUCAGGAUGCUUGAGAAUGCUGAGACUGAAAUCAUGACUACUGUGCGCAAGGCACGCUUCAGAUGUUGUAUGACCCAACCCAUGACAGUUGACUGAUUCAGAAUAUAAGAGUGAAAGAUGAUACGAAAGAAACCUGAAAAAUAUAAACUGAGGGCAGUAAGACUUGUGUGUUUGUGUAUGUAUCAGUUUUUCUUUUGUUACCUACGUUUUUUAAGAUAGGGAGAAGUUAACCAUUUAGACUGCUGGUUUCUGGCUUUUGGGUUGUCAAUUGUAAUGUGUAGCAAUGCUGAAGGUUGUUUCCUAGUUCUAGCAGUUGCGGGAGCAUUUAAAUAUCUUAUUUCUGUAGCUAAUAUAUAUGGGGCCUGCAAUUUACAAUGUUGUUGAUUGUUCUUGUUGCUUCAUUUAAGAAAUGCAGGCAGGUUGUUUCAUAUCA